CUGCUGUAAACCCCACCACAAGGCUGUAGAGACAACGCAUUUCUCUACACCUUCCUAUACAGGUUCUUCCUCCAAUGUCAAGACUUCUGGCGCGAAACAUCUUCAAGCAAACUAAUGCCCGCUUGAGUACAUUUACAACCUCUACGAUCUGCCACAGUUCCUCUAUAUAUCCUCUCCGAUCUAUUAUCCCAAGACCUCUUCAAAGCAAAACUCCAUCCAUACGCUCGUACUCAUCUCAGCUCUUGACAGCAGAACAACGCCGCGAGCACCAAGCGCAGAAAAUGGCCCCACAACUGGACGCAUUCUUCAAGGAGGUCGACGCCCAAGCCGACCACUUCAUCGAGCGCCUUCGCCAGGCAGUCGCCAUCCCCUCUAUCUCAGCUGAGGACGAGCGUCGCCCAGAUGUUGUGCGCAUGGGAGAAUGGCUCGGGAAGGAGCUCGAGGCAUUAGGCGCUCACGUUGAGCUGAGGCCCUUGGGCCCCCAGCCACACAAGGAGCACUUGAUGCUUCCUCCUGUGGUUGUUGCCAGAUACGGAAACGACAAGGCGAAGCGUACGAUCCUCGUUUACGGACAUUACGACGUCCAGCCAGCUGCGAAGGAGGACGGAUGGGCGACGGAGCCCUUCGAGCUCACCGUCGAUGAUAAGGGACGCAUGUUUGGUCGUGGCAGCACUGAUGACAAGGGCCCAGUUUUGGGAUGGCUCAACGCUAUCGAGGCUCACCAGAAGGCUGGGAUUGACUUUCCCGUCAACUUGCUGAUGUGCUUCGAGGGCAUGGAGGAAUACGGCUCUGAGGGUCUUGAUGAUUUCAUCAAGGAGGAGGCUGGAAAAUUCUUCAAGGAUACCGAUGCCGUGUGUAUCUCUGAUAACUACUGGCUCGGCACCGAGAAGCCCUGCCUCACCUAUGGUCUCCGCGGCUGCAACUACUAUUCUAUUGAAAUUUCCGGCCCCGGUCAGGAUCUUCACAGCGGAGUCUUCGGUGGUUCCGCACAGGAGCCUAUGACCGACCUUGUCCGCGUCCUCGGCUCUCUGGUCGACACCGACGGCAAGAUCCAGAUUCCUGGUCUGGCCGACCUCGUUGCCCCCGUCACCGAGGAAGAGAAGGGUCUGUACAAGGACAUUGCUUUCACUAUGGACAACCUCCACGAGUCCCUCGGCUCGAAGACCACGAUCUUCGAGGAUAAGGAGAGCACACUCAUGGCUCGCUGGCGCUUCCCCUCUCUCUCCAUCCACGGCAUCGAGGGAGCUUUCUCGCAGCCCGGCGCCAAGACCGUCAUUCCCGCCAAGGUUAUUGGCAAAUUCUCCAUCCGCACUGUGCCCAACAUGGAGAGCGAGGACGUCACCCGCCUGGUUAAGGAGUACGUUACCGACGUUUUCGCCAAGCUGAAGUCUAAGAACACGCUCGACGUCAGCCUAAUGCACGACGGCAAGUGGUGGGUCGCGAGCCCCAAGCACUGGAACUUCAGCGCCGCCGCCAAGGCAGCGGAGCGCGUAUGGGGCGUCGCGCCGGAUUUGACCAGAGAAGGUGGAAGUAUCCCCGUCACGUUGACGUUUGAGGAGGCAACCGGCAAGAAUGUUCUGUUGUUACCAAUGGGCAGCAGCACGGAUAUGGCGCACAGCACUAACGAGAAGCUCGACAAGAGCAACUACCUUGAGGGUAUCAAGACCCUGGGCGCUUACCUGCAUUACGCGGCUGAGGAGCCGAUGGUUUAAAUGGGUGCGGUGUUGGGAUGGAAGCAGCCGAGAAUUAUGGUGUCAGCGCCACUAAUAGAGGAGCAUCCGUAGCUCAGUGAAGCUUAAAUUGGGGAUACAAUGGUAGCCACUUAUAGCUUAUUAUAGUAACCCUUUCGGCUAUCUUGGGAUAUCCAUCACUUCAGUUCCUGGAUGAAUGGUAUGGCUCAUCAUAUGCUGUAAAAUAGUAAAUCAAGUGUAUAUCAGAGCUCUCUUGUAGUAGUUGUUUAAUAUCUUGAACGUCAGGUAUGGCUUUUAUGAUUAGGGUGGAACGAUAUAGCUUGAAAUAUGAUCGAGGUAAUUUAUUAAUCUAUAUAUAUUUUUGCC